AUGGCACCGCGACCCCGACCCAAUGUGCAGUUCGUUCCGGAGUCACCGCCACCACCCGACUCGCUGCCCGCGCACAAGUCCUCCGCGCGGACGCCCGAUGGGCUGCCGUUCGCUGGACAGAAGCGCCCUCUGCCGAAGUUUAAGAAGACUGGGCAGCCGAAACCCAUACCGUCAAUUCGUCUCAUCCCCGAUGAUGUCGAAGUGGCCGUCCAGUGGCCGGACGGCAGGCUUCUUCUCGGGGUUGGAACCACAUACCGCCCUCCACCACCGGAGGAGUGCCUCUCACAUGCUACGGGAUUUGGCGGAGAUGGCCUUUGGCGCUGGCACGAGUAUACGCGGCAGCCCCAGCUUCUCGACCACACUGCCCCCUUCAUGGCCUGGGCGCAUCUCCCGACGCUGGAACAAAAGGCGGAGUCGAUUUUGUACCGUCGUGCAUCCAGGCAUGAUUGCGCCCUGUGUCCAGACGCAGCCGUCGAGCAGAGGAAGAAGUUGGGAGGCAAGAAGAAGUUCGGCAUGGGCACGCGAAACGGGAUGUACCGGCUCACGGACCAGCUCUACGACGAGCUUAAAUCGCGCCACACGGCUCUGCGCGGUCAAUGCGAACUCGUAACGGACCUCCUAAAGCGCGCAUCGAAGGAGUGCAUGCAGGGUCUCAACCCCGAGAGCGUCAUCCGUGUGAUCCUGGCGAAUGUGCGCGAACCUGUUCGCGAAUAUUUCGACAUCAUACACGCCUGCGAACGCCUCCGGUACGGCUGUAUCUCCGCCUUCCCGGAAUUUGAUGUCUGCUUCACGGCGUAUCAGCGCGCUCACAACAUCAUGCUCGCCUACUUUGAUUUCGCCUGUUCGAUCCUCCCGCCUCAUCUCGCACCUGGUCUCGCAGAGCUGCCCAAGCUCACGCAGAGCGAUUGUCGCCGCGGAGUCGUAUUGGCGGGGGAGGAUAUCAAGACGUACAUCCGGUUCUUCAAGGCUCACAAAAUACCUGUCUGGGUUUAUGCUGCGAUGAACACGCUGGCCAUCCCGAAAGGGAGGCUGGGCCCUCCAGACUCCCCGCGCUGUGACGUAUCGACGUGUGACGUUCUCAACGAUUUCAAGCAGAGAUCGCUACCCUCACGCUGGUACCCACCCCCGCCUCAUUGUCCUUGGGCGUUGAUCGAGCCUAUUGGGCGUGGAUAUCUCCCGCCCCCGGAUCAAGAUUAUUUCGAGCUAGGGCAGGAGGCGCAGAAGAAAAAGAGGAAGCUGGACCGUGUUCUACAAAGAGAAGAAGAUGUUCGGGUGGCCAAUAAACGCAAAUUGGAAAAUCUGAAGAAAGUAUUCGGCAACCUUGGCUCGUCCCUGGAGCGCUACCAGCAGAUGGCGGCGCGCUCGCCAGCCGCGCAGCGCUACUUCGCCAACAAGCUCAAGCCGCGUCCACCUUUCGCGCCAGCCGUUGACCGCAACUAUCUCGUCGCGCUAGACGCGGGCAGUAAGCACAUUGAUUUGCUUACGCGCCCGCUCCAGCACCCCGUCAUCAGCACGAGCGACCCCAAUUUCCACGUCGAGGCGCCCAAAAUCCCUCGCGACCGGUUGGACGAGUUAGUCAAGGCUCAGCACGGCGACCUCAAACUGAGGACGUGGGUACCCCCAUUGUCUGUCUUCACCAACCCGUACUCCUGGCAGAAGACCGUUGAAAUGGUCUGUAAUGCUGUCACGCUCUUGCCCACUGCUCUCGAGCGUAUUACAGUGGCGCGCCGUUGUAGCGACGUUCAGCCCCUCAGCCCCGCCGAGUGGCGUGAUAUUCUCACAGUUAAGCACUGGAAGAAUGUGUGGCACGAUCAUCACCGGAAGAAGUACAUCGAGGAUGAACUGGCGAAGCUACGGAGAGGGGAGGACUGGGAUGAGGCGAAUGCGCCCGCUGCGCGCAAGAAGUUGCAGGCAGACCAGAUACCGAUGGAGCGCUACGAUCACAAUGAGUUCGACAAGUACGGUAGCGCGAAGUACUUCGGCCAGACUCUCACCGACAACAAGAUCGCGUCGCUCACUGCGGCAGGCGAGAAUACGUGCUUUACUCGAGGGUAUCUCGCAUGUGGCCAUCCUGCAACGAGCGAACGCCUCGUCGAGGACCCCGACCUCAUCCAUAAUAUCUUGAUCUGGCUCGAGCAGCUCGAGCAGCUGUACUGGUUGUGCGAUCUGAACUCGCAGGCUCUCGCCAGAGAUGGGAUACUUGGGCUAGCUGGGGGUGGGCGCCGCACGCCCGACUUCACAGAUGAAGAGGAACGCCAACGCCCGUUCGUUGCGCUCAUCUUGCAGUCUGUUAUACACCGCCAAGUAGUUGGGUUGGAUGGGUGGCCGGCAGGAGGCAAGCAGGCUGAGGAGACAUUCGAGGCUCAGUACGACGUCUCGCAUCUCACCAAGGUACUCAUUAGUGCCGACCACGCCCUUUUCGUCGACCAGUACAUGGAGCGGGACUUGGACUGGUAUACCGUCCAGGAUCUGAAGGACCUGAUCCCCGAGGACGGCGAACCUUUUGCCUCCCUGGACGAUGAUGAGUUCAAUAAUGUCCAAGAGCAACUUCUCCUCCGCUACAUCCUCACCUCCUUUGCCGCCCGCCAGUGGCCUGUCGAAAUGGUGCAGCUUCCCGAACACGACAUCAAUCUGUACAAGUGCAAGGAGUGCCGGCCCGAGAAGCUCCCUGUGCGGCGCGAAGAAAUAGACCCGGCUGCGGCGCUAUCAGUCUCGUUGGGUGUCAUGUCCUUGCCCUCCAGUCCAGGCGUGAAGGAUCUCACUCCAAAUGAGCUCAACCUUGCAGUGGAGGAUACGGGAAUAGGCACCUGGUUCGAAUACGAACCUGACCCGUUCUGGGAGACCUAUGACGGCCACCUCUCCGACGAGCCGGUUGAGAACGAAGGGUUCUCGGACUAG